AUGGGAGAAAGGGGUGAAUUUGCCGUCAACAAAACUGCCUGGGUCUCUCGGAGUCUCCCUGAAGUCCCAGGACUAUGUUCCAAGACACGCACAUCGGAGAUCAGGGAGGAGAACGGGCGGCUCGCCGUGAAGAGCGACCAGCAGGUGGAUGGGCUCCGGCAGAUGCGCUCCAGCCUGGGGCAGAGCCAGCCUGAGACCCCGCUGGAGCCGGCCGUGCUCGACGGCCAUGGGCUUUGGGCACAAGGAGGAACAUGGACACCUCGGUCUGGUCAUCGUGGCACAGUCCUGGCCGGGGUUGGGGUGACGGUGGUGGAGGGACCCGGACACGCCGCCAACGGGGGUCGGCGGCGACCUGCCGGCACGCCGGGGAAAGCCAGCCAGCUUCCCGGGGCAGCGGGGCUGGCAGCCCUGCCCGGGCAGGAGGACACAAAAGUGGGAAAGAAAGAAACUUCCUCCGAGAACCACUUCGUCCUUAUUAGCAAAGAGGGGAUAAAACCCGGCAGCCCAGCAGUCCCGUAUCUUGGAUCCGACUCUGCGGGGAACUUCACAAAGAGCCAAGAAAAGCACAAAGAGCGGCAGCUCGCUAACGAAAAAGGCAACGGUGCCCGUACUGCGAACGCCAUCACCGGGACUGCGGCGCCGGGUGGCCGGAGCCGGACGCUGGGUACCACGCAAGGAGCAGCUCCCAGGGCACCUGUCGCCGGGAAGGACGGGCAGGAGGAGGCAGGCGGGAGCAGGCUGGGAAUGCACAGGGUCUUGUCCGUGGAUGCAACGCUUGCCCCGAGAGACCCCCAAGCUCCCGGCCAGUUUGGGCACCCUGUUGCAGUCCCUGACGAUAAACAAGAAGAAGCAAAAAGUAGAUGGAAAGAAGGAAACUUUAACGUCUACCUCAGCGAUUUGAUCCCUGUAGACCGAGCCAUAGCGGACACCAGGCCUGCCGGGUGCUCUGAGCAGCGGGUUCACGAUGACCUCCCGACCACCACCAUCAUCAUGUGCUUCGUGGAUGAAGUGUGGUCCACCCUCCUGCGCUCCGUUCACAGCGUCCUCAGCAGAUCUCCUCCGCACCUGAUUGAAGAAGUCAUUUUGGUGGAUGACUUCAGCACUAAAGAGUACCUCAAGGAGAAGCUGGACAAAUACAUGUCGUGGUUCCCAAAAGUGAAGAUCCUUCAUCUCAAGGAGAGGCACGGUCUAAUACGGGCCAGACUGGCGGGAGCGGAGAUCGCCAAAGGCAGUGUCCUGACGUUCCUGGACUCACACGUGGAGUGCAAUGUGGGGUGGCUGGAGCCGCUGCUGGAGAGGGUCCGCCUGAGCCGGGCCAAGGUUGCCUGCCCCGUCAUCGAGGUCAUCAGCGACAAGGACAUGAGUUACAUGACCGUGGACAACUUUCAGCGCGGGAUUUUUACUUGGCCAAUGAAUUUUGGAUGGAGGCAGAUUCCACAAGAGGUCAUCGAGAAAAAUAAAAUCAAGGAAACUGAUAUAAUAAGGUGCCCGGUCAUGGCAGGUGGCCUGUUUUCCAUCGAUAAGAAGUAUUUUUUUGAGCUGGGAAUGUAUGACCCAGGACUGGAUGUUUGGGGAGGUGAAAACAUGGAGAUUUCAUUCAAGGUCUGGAUGUGCGGGGGAGAGAUUGAGAUUGUUCCGUGCUCCAGAGUUGGGCACAUUUUCAGGAACGACAAUCCUUACUCCUUCCCGAAAGAUCGGGUGAGAACAGUGGAGAGGAACUUGGCCCGCGUUGCAGAGGUCUGGCUGGACGAGUACAAGGAGUUAUUCUACGGCCACGCUUACCACUUAGUCUUGAAAAACCUGGAUGUCGGCGACCUGACUCAACAAAUCCAACUGCGAAAGAAGCUUCAGUGCAAAAGCUUCAGGUGGUACCUGGAGAACGUCUACCCAGACCUGGAAGCUCCCCUGGUUAAAGCCAGCGGGCUGCUUGUUAACAUAGCCAUGGCAAGAUGCAUCACCGUGGAAAACACUACUCUAGCUUUUGAGGCGUGUGAUGUUAACAACAAGAACCAAAAGUUCAACUACACCUGGCUGAGGCUGAUCCAGCAUGGAGAGCUCUGCAUCGCCCAUGCCGAUGCUGCGGGAGCGCUGGGCCUGCGCCGCUGCGAGGGCCGGAGCCGCAGCCUGACGUGGCUGCACAGGUCGCUGGUCGCCUUCCAGCCGGAGCUGACGGACCACAUCGUCUCAGAGCACCUCCAGCAGCUGGCGUGCUUGGAAGUGGAUCCCUCUCACAAAGCCCUGAGGGUAAAUGCCUGUGACUCCGCAAAUCCUUAUCAAAAGUGGCAGUUUGGCAAUUACUAUGCAGACUGA